UGACUUACACCUACACAAACAUAGCAACCUGGCAAGUGAUAACCCCUUCAUUGCCAGAGGCCGGCUUCACUCAUUUUAAUUAAAGUCAGUCAGAAACCUUGGGGUUGAUUUAGAGAUUUAGGGCAGUGAGUGCUGUCCUUGCUAGCAACCUCCAUCUCCCAAUAAUGAAUUUAAGACAAUGAAUCCCUUGUCCCCCACCGUUCAGGCAGAGGGGUGUGGGGAGUUAGUGCAUAGUUGUGCCACUUUCCGCAGUCUGUUACUUAGCUCCCCACAGAACAGGCACCAGAAGGCUGGCAUUCCCAGGUAGGUGUGGGAGCCUAAUGAUGUCACGAUGCCAUUUUAAUGAAACAAAAAUUUCUGGAAGUCUGCACAGGGCCAAACCCUACUACUGGACCUGGCAGGAAUCAUUGAAUUGGCCAGAAGAGGUAAAGGAGGAACUAUGGAACCUGAAAAGAAUACAAUUAAACAUUUACAGACAGGUAAGGGAUCCAAAUCACACGUGGCAGCUACGCCUGAAAUUCCUGGAAAAAGCAAGGAGUUACAUUGGAGUGCCAUAUGGAAAGAAGUACCUUGAACCAGGAACUUCACAAUAUGAGUCUCCUUUGCUCCUGGAUUGCUGUGGUCUGGUGAGAAGAGUUGUGAGGGAUCUGAAGGAUGACUUUGGAUUUGUCAUUGGACCAGGAAAUCAGGCUUACUACUAUGACACCCUUCCCAUCACGACAUUUCAAGAGAAGAUGGAACCUGGGGAUUUAGUGUUCAUUUCAGGGACCUACUUCAAUCGAAAAUCCAAAUGCCAACCCCAUGACAUUGUCCAUGUUGAGAUCUGGAUUGCAGAUGGAGAGAGGACUCUUGGUGCUCACUGGGGGAGGGGCAUAGUGCAGUAUUUUGAUUCCUACAAGUUUGUUUCCAUGUCUUAUGGAGAUAUGAAGUACCAUUUUAAAUCGAUCAACACGUGGCUACAGGGGAUCUGUGUGAGUCAUUGCAGUGAACUUAAUUGGAGCUCACCCACACGUCUUCCCGGAAAAGGGUCUAUCUUCUCAUUGGGGGUUGAGGAUGAAGCUGCAGAACAACAGCUUGAUAUUGAAAACUUAAACUUUCAUAAAGCAAAAGCACCGGAGGAAAACAAAGAAGAAACAUCGGACAAGGCAUUUAGAGAACCCAUGACAAUACCAUGUGAUUCUAAUAUGGCAAUUUCUAUAAGUUCCCAGAAUGAAUCCUUAGCAAUGAAGUCAAAGACUACAAAACAGAGAGAAAAUGAACUGAAAGUAACAAGACAUAAGGAGACAGUCAAAACACAUGCCUCUGUUUCCAGAGCAAACGCACAUGUGAACCUCAAUAAGGAUGUCCAAGAUGUGUUAUCCAAAGAAAUAAUUCAUUUGGCAGAUAACACGGGAGUAAGCAGCAGUCAGACAAGUGACAACAUUGGAGCCCAAAAGGAUCAGCGGUUAGUAGAUUCUGUGAAUGCAGACACUAACGGAGGCACAGAAGGCAAGAAGGUGAAAGUGGCAGUAAAACCAGAGAGGAAGAGAAAGAAGAAGAAACAGGCACUGGAUCAAGUAGUAGAGGUUGUGGAGAAUCAGAUGACAAUGUCUUCAGCAUCUGAUCCAAGCAAAUCAGGUGUGCUUACUGUUAGAUUUACUCACCAUGAAUUUCUCUGUGUAUUUUUUGCGUUAUUGCUUGCCUUUGUCCUUGAGUUCCUCGCAGUGUAUUUAUUUGUACUGUAGGAGUGUAACACACAAACUGCAAUGUAUAUAGCAGCGUGGGUAAGGGCCCAAUUUAGAACUCAUUUGUACCAACCAUAUUUCAGAUAUAGUAAUUUUACACCUGUUUAUAUUUUACCACAAUAUAGCUUACAAAUUGAAACCUGCAAAAAUCUCAAUCCUUCAGCCUCAUGCUCAUCCCUCUUUCCCCUUUGCUUCACCUUUAGCGACUGUGCCGUCUGGCACUUACGUAUCACUUUGAUUGCUUCCAUAAACUUCAGUCCUUUCACUUCUUUUAAGACACUCCUUAAAACCCGCCUUUUUGACCAAACUUUAGUCACCUCUCCUAACCUCU